AUGGAAAAGGACAACAUGGUCAAAGCUACUAAGGGACCGAAGAAGACUACAAAAGCAGCUGCAGAGGGUAAGAGGAAACCAGCCACUGCCUCCAGAAGGAAACCAGCCAACAAUCCUUCGAAGAAACAGGCUCCUUCAUCAAAAACAGGAAGCAAUGGGAGGACCAUCCAAGUCCAGUUUGAGGGGUCUGGAGAUCUGUCGACAGCAGCAUCUAUUCCAAAUAGAGAACCAAGGUUCUUCAGCCAUUUGACGGGGGACCAGCAGGACUUGGUGGUGAUGCAAGAGGAGUUCUUUGGCCAGAACAAAAUCUGCACUGCCUCACAAACUUGCGAAAUCAUCAUCCUAGAUCCAGAGGAAGCAGAGGAAGUGGGUCCACCAGAAAUGUUGCAGAGGAUAUUGAAGAGGCAAGAUGAACUCGAGAAGCUGAGACAACAACUAACCCAGGAUCUUGAUCUUAGCCUACCUUCUCCUAUUUCACCACUCUCCUCCUCAUCAUCCUUGUCAUCGGGUGCCUCAAGUCCAUCACCAUUACCAACUCCAAGUCCAGCCUUUCUAAAUUCACCAACUUCAACUCAUGCAGUUAGCAGACCGUCAACACCCAGCAGCACACAGGCUUCCCUCAACCCUCACGGAACCAGCCCUCCAUUAUUUUCAUCUGGUUCCUCAAGUCCUGCAUCACCUUCACCAACUCCAAGUCCAGCCAUUCUAAAUUCACCAACUUCAACUCAUGCAGUUAGCAGACCGUCAACACCCAGCAGCACACAGGCUUCCCUCAACCCUCAUGGAACCAACUCUCCAUUGUUGUCAUCUGGUGCCUCAAGUCCUGCAACACCUUCAGCAAGUCUCAGUCCAGCUCUGUCCAACUCUCACACUCUGUCCAAUCCUCCUGGAUUUAGCGGAACACAGCCUUUGAUGAACAACACUCAGCCUUCCUCCUUUGGAGCAGACUGUGGCAGCUUGCAGGUCCCAUCCACCUCUCAGACUCAAUCCAAUCCUCCUGGAUUUAGCGGAACACAGCCUUUGAUGAACAACACUCAGCCUUCCUCCUUUGGAGCAGACUGUGGCAGCUUGCAGGUCCCAUCCACCUCUCAGACUCAAUCCAAUCCUCCGGGAUUCAGCGGAACCCAACCUUUGAUGAACAACGCUCAGCCUUCCUCCUUUGGAGCAGACUGUGGCAACUGGCAGGUCCCAUCCACUCAGACUCUAUCCAAUCCUCCGGGAUUUAGCGGAACACAGCCUUUGAUGAACAACGCUCAGCCUUCCUCCUUUGGAGCACACUGUGGCAACUGGCAGGUCCUAUUCAACUCUCAGACUCUGUCCAAUCCUCCGGGAUUUAGGGGAACACAGCCUUUGAUGAACAGCGCUCAGCCUCCCUCCAUUGGAGCAGACUGUGGUAACUGGCAGGUCCCAUCCACCUCUCAGGCUCUGUUCAAUCCUCCUGGAUUUAGCGGAACCCAGCCUCUGAUGAACAACGCUCAGCCUGCCUCCUUUGGAGCAGACCUUGGCAACUGGCAGGUCUCAUCCACCUCUCAGGCUCUGUCCAAUCCUCCUGGAUUUAGCGGAACCCAGCCUUUGAUGAACAACGCUCAGCCUGCCUCCUUCGGAGCAGACUGUGGCAACUGGCAGGUCCCAUCCACCUCUCAGACUCUGUCCAAUCCUCCAGGAUUUAGCGGAACACAGCCUUUGAUAAACAACGCCCAGCCUUCCUCCUUUGGAGCAGACUGUGGCAACUGGCAGGUCCCAUCCACCUCGCAGACUCUGUCCAAUCCUCCAGGAUUUAGCGGAACACAGCCUUUGAUAAACAACGCCCAGCCUUCCUCCUUUGGAGCAGACUGUGGCAACUGGCAGGUCCAAUCCACCUCGCAGACUCUGUCAAACCCAUCGGGAUUUAGCGGAACACAGCCUUUGAUGAACAGCGUUCAGCCUUCCUCCUUUGGAGCACACUCUGGCAACUGGCAAGGGACUCCUAGUAUACCAGCCUUUUCUAACAGUUUGGUAUCCACAGCUGUACCUCCUGUGACAACCUGCCAGACACUGACAGAACCGAAUAAUCAAGCUCCAACAGAUUAUUUAGAAGACAACUUUUUUUCAAAAAUUGAGGAUAUUCUCAAAGACAUGAGAUGUGCCAAAUCCACCAACAACUCCACGCUAACCACUGGGUCCACCGACAACUCCCCGCCAACCACUGGGUCCACCAACAACUCAUGGUCAACCACUGCGUCCACCAACAACUCACCGCCAACCACUGCGUCCACCAACAAGUCACCGCCAACCAUUCCGUCCACCAACAACUCACUGCCAACCACUGCGUCCACCAACAAGUCACGGCCAACCAUUCCGUCCACCAACAACUCACUGCCAACCACUGCGUCCACCAACAACUCCCCGCCAACCACUACGUAUACCAACAACUCACCGCCAACCACUGCAUCCACCAACAACUCACUGCCAACCAUUCCGUCCACCAACAACUCACUGCCAACCACUGCGUCCACCAACAAUUCACCGCCAACCAUUCCGUCCACCAACAACUCACUGCCAACCACUGCGUCCACCAACAACUCAUCGCCAACCACUGAGUCCACCAACAACUCACCGCCAACCACUGCGUCCACCAACAACUCACCGCCAACCACUGCCUCGACCAACAACUCACCGCCAACCACUGCGUCCACCGACAACUCACAGCCAACCACUGCUUCCACCAACAACUCACCGCCAACCACUGCGUCCACCAACAACUCCUUGCUGUCUGCUGCAUUGGCUAACAACUCCCCACCAUCUCCACUCACACCAUCAGAUAGCACCCAAACAACCCUUGUGAUUCCUAGAAGAUUGCCUACCCUUUCCCGAAGGUCAACAAGCGAUCUCAUUGAGAUGGAAUGUGAGGCAGGAACCAGAAUGCUGGAGAUUGAUGGACCAGAUAACAUUCCAAUCGGAAGGUACCAUUUUUUCGUAAAAGACAGCAUCCUACAGUCCCUGAAGGCCAACAGUAAAACCAGUGGAAUUUUCCUUUGGAAACUCACAAAAUCCUUAUUCAAGGAAGAGGAACUCAUGAACAAGAACUUUUAUGGUGGGAAGGGAAAGUCAGCUUUAUCUCCACGUAGACGACAUUCGAUGAUCCAUGCCUUUGUUGAUGUCUACCAGACUAGGAGCAAAGUUGCACUUCACAAGGCAGUGAAGUCGGUUAACAAUGGACUUUAUAGUUUUAACCAUUGCUAAUGUGUUCUUUUUCAUUGUGAAUUUUGCCAUUAUGACUCAAAGUGUCACAAGAGACAAGUUCAAGCCAUGUGAGACACUCACAUAAAUGUUAUGAUUACAUUAAAUCAUUUUGGUAAAUGUUGCUUGUACAUAUAUUAUAAAUCAUUGGUUUAAUAUUUCAAUAGUGCAUAUAAAGUUUUAUUUUG